ACACCAAACCGGAAGUGACACAUCAGGCGGGAAUAUGAAUGGGAUUUGUAGUUGUUAGGUUUUAGGCGUCUCUGUAAGUUUGUUAUUUUGGUUUUUCUGACCCAAAACGUCCGUUUUUGAAAGCAAGGCAGAAAAAAAAACAGUGUGAGGUUUGGUACCGGAACCGUUCGGGUUCUUGUGAAUCGGUUCUGUCAAGUCUUCGUCAGUGAAGCAAACACGCAAAACAGCGGUUCGGAAGUUUCAGUUAGCAUAAAUAUUUGUUUACACAAGUACAUCCGAGGCUUCCGCUUUGGUUCCGAAGAUCCAGUUUGCGGUUUAAUGUUAAAGUUACCGGUCUGAGCUAACAAAGAUCAACGGAAUGGAGAUGCUUCACUCCUCGUGAUUUUUUUAAACAUCGUUUUGUUUGGAUAUUUGCGUUUGUGAAAAGUGCGAAAUCGGGAGCAGAACCACCUACGAACCAGAACCAGGAGGUCAGAUGGAUCGUUGGGAUUGUUCUCCGUUCACCGUGACUCCAGCUGCCAGCCUGCUGUCCAGAUGUGUGGCGUCUGGAGCGGUUUCUCAGGAGGAAAUUGACUCCGCCUUCUCAGAGCCAAGCCCCGCCUUCUCACCUCAUCUUAAUGAAGCUAAAGAGCGAAUCAGAAUGCAGAAACAGCUGGAUGAACUGCAGCUGCAGUUGGAUCUCCUAAAGGUCGACAUGCACAGCUCUGACGUCGCUCACGCCUUCCAUCUCACCCGGAGGAGCGAGGCUCUUCAGGAGCUGGGCGCUCACCUGCUGGCCGUCCUGAAGGAGCAGAAGAGUCUGACUCAGAGACUGAUGGCGCCGCUGGCUCUCACCGACCUGCCCGUCCCGGCUCACCUGCACAGGUUCGUGGUGGAGUCGUUCAGAAUGAUGAUGGACUUCAUGGAGCGUCUGGAGGAGAAGCUGAGAGCCGUCCGGAACCAAGAGGACUGCAGAAGCAGCCUGGCUGUGCUGGACGUGUGCACAGCUCAGCUGCUGACUCUGUCUGCAGAGACUGAAGCUCUGUCCAACAGGAUGCUGCAGUGGAGAACAGCAGGAAGCUGGAAGAACCCCCCCGCCUCUGCUGCUGAUGGACUGACCCUCUGAUGGACCUUCAUCAUCGUUACGGCUACUUGAUGAUACCAGAACCAGAACUCAUUAUCACAUUCCACUGCUGCUCCUCUGAAGCAUCAUCGGCCAAAAACUGCUGACACGUUAAUCUUCACACAGACCAGCUGAUCCUCACGUUUUUGUUUAAUAAUGACUGCAGAAAAACAGAUCAGAGAAACCAUUACUGUCCCUGAGGGAAGGUUCUGUUUGUGUUCCUGCAUUUUUUUCUGCUUCUGUUCUCGUUUCUUGUGAAAUAAAACGUUUGAAUUAAA